GUGAUAUUUGUUGGGACCUUUAUUUUGAUAACUAAUCGAAUUCGUCACUAGACUAAGGGUUUCUAGCUUCAUUUUUACAACAACUGAAAACUAUCUAGACGUGUAAGAUACGAUUAUCUGAUACAUUUGAAGAUGGUUUGCGAGAAGUGCGAGAAGAAACUGGGGCGAGUCAUCACGCCAGAUACCUGGAAAGAUGGGGCUAGAAACACAACAGAGAGUGGUGGUCGAAAGCUUAAUGAAAAUAAAAUGCUGACUUCAAAAAAAGCCAGAUUUGAUCCUUAUGGAAAAUCGGGAUUUUCCACAUGCAGAAUAUGCAAAAGCUCUGUCCAUCAGUCUGGUUCACAUUACUGCCAGGGAUGUGCUUACAAAAAAGGAAUCUGUGCCAUGUGUGGGAAGAAGGUUCUUGAUACCAAGAACUACAAACAGACCUCAGUUUGAUUUGGUGUUUGUUGCUGGAGAUCUGUCUUUAGCUGAGAAGGGAAUGUUUGUGGAUGACUGUGUUGACACUUCUGAGUGUUGAGAAUGAUCAUUUACGUUCACAGAAGAGUUAAGUUUGCGGUGUUUUGUGGCAAAGAGGUGCGAGAGGAGUGUAUUUAUAUGAAAAUAUGUUAGUGGUAUUUUUCUCUCACUUAACAACCUUCGAGCAAUAUUUCGGCUUGUACUGUUUGGACAAUGUAACAUGAAACAUGUUUUGUAAAUGGUCUUAUUCAUUUUAUUUAAUUUUUUUGAAUAAAUAAAUAAUUUAUCAUUUUAAUACUGCCAAACAUGACAGUGGUUAGGCCAUUUGAAUAAAAAUAAGUUCUCCUCAUGGCUUUUUUACUUACUUAGCCAUUGGACCUUACCAAAGUUUAGACUUUGACUUUUAAAUGUUACCUCUUCCCACAGUGGAAAAAAAAAAAAAAAUUAAAUAUAUCUAUCUUGUUUGAAGUGAUAUUUCCUCUACUGUUUCCAAGGCAGCGUCGCUAUUAAAGAAUCUAAUGUAAAUAUGAAACAAAUAGACAGUGACAUGCCAAUAUAAGACAGUGUACAUAAAUGUUUAUAGCUGUUUCCACUUAUUCUUCUGCCGCUGGUUCUUUUUGUCAACACUGUUGGAGAUGUUUUCUGGAGAUCUUGUUUGUUGUUUGCUUUUUCAGUGAUCAUUUGUAAUUGGGUAGUUUUUGAUUUCAUGUCUCUUGAACCCACAUAAUAGUAUCAUAAUAGGACAGUAACUUGUUGAUGCUCUUACAGUUUGUGUAAUUUAUUUUAUUUUGCCACAUUUUAAGUGUGAGAAGUCACAACAUAGCAAUACAUAGAUACUGUAUAAUAUCAUUUUCUUUAAUAUCAGUUAAAUUAAGAAUUGUCCAGGACACCUAUUACACCGAAGAGACUGUUUUUACAUCUGUAAAUAUUUCUUGACAAAUAAAAUCGUGACAACA